CCAGUGACAUAUUGUCAAAUGUCACUCUGCUGAAUUACCAAUUGUCUUUUCAGCUAUGCUGUCUGGUGUAGUGCUUCAACUCAAAUUAUGCUGGGGUUUAAACUCCGAGUCAUGUGGGGAUCAGGCUUGGUUUAAUCCUCCAGAGAGAGAAUGUGCAUGUGUGUGCAUGAGAAAUAGAGGAGAGAGAGAGAGCGAGAGAGGGAAAGACUGACUGCAGCUCCUGAAUUUCAAUGCCUAAAAAUGAGUGGAGGUCUCAAAAUUUGGAGUUUUCAACGCUGACUUGUCAUCCAAAAGGUAUUUCGUAUUGCACCUUGAAACUGACCAGACUCUUACCAGACCUGGCUGGAAGGUACAUUCAUCAAAACUUUUAAUCACCUUUUGGAACGAUAAUUUUAAUUUAAUUUAUUUUUCAACUUUGAUUUACAUCUAGUUUCAGUUUUGCACUUUGCCAUUUUAAAUCUGGAAUAUUGUAUUCAUCUGACAGUCUUGUCGGAGACAAUCGGUACUUUGGACUAACUUGUGAAGUGAAAAAUUGGUUUCUUGAAAAUCCAUUGUUUAUCUGGAAUUCUGAGUACCUUAGAUCGAUUUACAAUCCAAGAAGUGGACCGUUCAAUCCUUUGUCAUUUUCCAAUGGCUCAGUCAGACGUCUGGCCAAACUCAGACCUAUCAAACUCCACUGUGGUCCACAGCCCUGUCACUUUUUCAUCAGAUGCAAACAACCAAAGAGGCAAAAAUGAUGAGAACGAAGAAGAGGAAGAUGAAGACGUUGAACUUGGUGAAGAGGUGGGGGAGGACAUUUUGUUAAUGGCUGAGGCAACAGAUGGACAAGCUGAAAAAGAAAGUGCAGUUCAAGGUGAACAGGAAGAAAUAGGAAUCCUCUCGAUGGCCCAGGUAUCAAACGAAAUGACAAGGGAGGAAGAGGAAGGUCGGGAAAGACGGGAGGAGUGCGGAGUAGGAGGAGCGCAAUAUUUAAGUGAGACACAGACUAAUAAAGAGAACAGAGUCAAAGAGGAGGCAAUGGCAACAGUAGAUGGAAAUUUGUGCCAUUUCUCAGCAGCAGUGCAACUUGAAGAAGACAACAAUAAUGAGGACGGUAAUGACAAAAAUGCUCAGCAUUUGAAAAUAGCUGUGAGUACAGAGCAAACAGUGGAAGAUGUAGAAGAAGCCCAGACUGUCAUUGAGAAUGAUAUCGAAACCUGUGGCAAUGUUCUGGUUUUAGGAAGUGAAAAGGAACAUGUAGAUGGAGAGGAAUCGGCAACCAGGGAGAUUAUCCAAGAAGAACCCCCACGUAACACAGAAAUGGUGACUUCUGAAAGCCAGAAUGACUUCGUAACUGUUUUACAAGUUGACAAAAGCCAACAUUAUGAAAGUGAAGAUGAAGAGGCUAAAGUGAGUGACGAAAAGAGUCAGCAGGAGAAUGAAAAACAGCAUGAGGAGCAUUCAAACAAAAUUGAAAAUGUGUGUCAAAUUCCAAGCAUGGAAGAUGACGAGCUUGGGCGACAUGAAGGAGAAAAUAAUGAAAACAGAAAACGGGAGGAACCAAUCAUCCAGGAAGAACCAAUCAUCCAGGAAGACCAUCCAGAAGAUCCUCCAGGAGAUCAUCCAAGCUCAUCCAAUGAUUUCAUCCGGGACGAGGAAAGGUCUGAUGAAAAAAAUAUGGAGUCGAGCGUUUUGGUUCAUCUUUCAACAACAGUUGAAGAUGGGCAUGGCAGCCACAAAAAAGAAGAGCAUGGAGAGCAAGAAGAACUUCUUGGGAUUGAGGGCAAUUUCCAGGGAGAGAAAACAUCACGUGACAUAAACACAGUGACCGGAGAUCUAGACAGUCAAAACAUUACAUUGGAAGAUGACAAAGAUGAAAACGCCACAAGUGAAGAACAAAACACUCCAGAGAGCGCACAAAUAAGUGUGGAUCUGAUAAAAGAAGACGAACAUCUGACCCUUGAGGAAUCUGCUGACAGUAUUCAAGCCUCAGUUACCAAUUGCCAUGAAAUUGCACAGACAAUGAAUGAGGCAACUCACAGUGAUCAAGCCUCAGCUACAAACUCGCAGGAAGUUGUGGUGACGACAGAUGAUCCUGCUCCUGCAAUUUCCCAAGAGAGCCAUCAAGGUGCAUUGACCACAGGCCAAGAUGACAAUAAUGUAGAGACUUCCCACGAGCUUCAAGACUCCGUUAAUAAUUCAAAGACGUCCAGUGAGGAUUGGCAGAUGGAAGCUGCCACAACAUCCACCCAUUUUGAGGAGCACGUGAAAGAUGUCAGCAUUGAGUUGCCGGUGGAAAGUAACGACGAUCCCUGCCAGGCUUCACAUCCAAGUGUUGAUAUCAUACCUCUGUGUUCAUCUGUUGAACCUGCAGCCAGUCACACCAGCCAGUUGAUUGAUAUCGUGAAAGAUGGUGAAACUACCCCAAGUGACACAAUGAACAGCUCCACAGAACAUGAGUCGGCCAAUGACUUCUUAAAGGAGGAGAUCCUGAAUAUGGAGAUGCGGGAGUUGGGGAACGUCACAAUGUCUGCUUCAGACAAAGAAAUCCAACCAAGUCUGGAAACUGAAGAACCACCAGAUAUUGAACCGAUCAUUUCCUUAGAUCAGCCAGAGGAGGAAACGCGUGUUGAAGGAUUUGGGACAUCUGAAAUAAAGGAGCAAAAAGAAACGACUUCCUUUGGGGAAAUGGAUGGAGAUGACCAAACCCAAGAGGAGAAAGAGCUGGAUAACAACAUUGAACUUGACCACCAGGUUGAGAAUAUCCAUUUAAUCGCCCAACAAGAUGAUGCAGGAUCAGCGUCAGAGGUGACACUGCCAGGGGAGAAGCUCUUGUCAGAGGAAGUCAUAGCUGACGAUCAAACUCUGCAGCCAAGUGAUGAGGUGAAGGAUGCGCUCCAUCAAGAAGAGAUUGCAGAACCUGUGACCAUUUUAGAUUAUGAGAGUGAAAAGACAGACGAAUGUCAAAACAGAAAUCUCGAAGAGCCGGGGGACAUUGAAACGAAAGAUGCCUUAGAUAGCAGGUCAGAAGCACAUGAAGACAAAAUAACAUUUCAAGAAGAGUUACAACUGGCUAUAAAUGGAAAGCUCAAAGAAUCACAACAAGCCAUAGAGAAUGGGAGACUUUGCCCUGAGACACACUCGAUAAAGAAGGAAGUGAUACUGUUGUCCACGAGGAAAAAAGAUGAUGCGUGGUUUAAAAUGAAGCCAGAAGAACCACAUGUGUCUCCACAAGGAAAACACCAAAAAGAGAAUCCAGUAAGAACAGACAUCAGAGAGGCUAUAACAGACAAUUUCGCAAGGGAUGCGUGGAUGAAGGAACUCAAGUCAGUCAUUAAAGAUGAAGUUCUUUCAAAAAAGAAAGAUUACCAGGUAAAGAAAAAGAGGGUGGUUCUCUUAGAGGAUGGACAACAAUUCAUUCCUAACCAGGAGUGGCAGACAGAGAGACAACAGGAGAUGAUUUCCUCAAAAAUGGAGGACAGCCUUUUUCCACCUGGCCAGGACAACACAACAGCAACACCAAACGACCAGGACAAUGAGAUCUCACUUUAUGUCAAGGCGGGCAGUGAUGGGGAGAGCAUCGGUAACUGCCCAUUCUCUCAGCGACUUUUUAUGAUCCUCUGGCUCAAAGGAGUCAUCUUCAAUGUCACCACCGUUGACCUCAAGCGAAAACCUGCUGAUUUAAAAGACCUUGCUCCAGGCACCAACCCUCCAUUUAUGACCUUUAACGGAGAGGUCAAGGUUGAUGUCAACAAGAUCGAGGAGUUCCUGGAGGAGAACUUGGCGCCACCGCGCUACCCAAAACUGUCACCGAAACACCCAGAGGCCAACACAGCUGGCAUUGAUGUCUUUGCCAAGUUCUCCGCUUAUAUCAAGAAUCCAAGGAAAGAAACCAAUGAUGCCUUAGAGAAAGCACUGCUGAAGUCUCUUCGCCAUCUUGACGACUUCCUACGGACGCCCCUGCCAGCUGAGAUUGAUGGUGAUGCCUCGGGAGAUGUUCCGGAGUCCACCAGAAGCUUCCUGGACGGACCAGAGCUGACCCUGGCCGACUGUAACCUGCUUCCUAAAUUACACAUCCUAAAGGUUGUAGCCAAGAAAUAUCGUGGAUUUGAGAUCCCUGCAGAGAUGACAGGCGUUUGGCGGUAUUUGAACUGUGCCUAUCAGAGAGAGGAAUUCAACAGCACCUGCCCUGCCGAGAGGGAAAUUGAGUUUGCCUACGCUAAUGUUGUCAAAAAAGUUAAAUGAGGUCAAGUCAUCCAAUAAUCUAGAUCAAAGGUAGGCAAACUAUGCAGCAAACUAGCAUUUUGCACUGACAAUUUAACAUGAAACUUAUUUGAUUAAUUAUUAUAAUGACUAAUCUGAGGAUGACCACUCAACAAAUUAUGGAAAAUGUCUCAUCUUUAAUAAAGUUACCUUAUGCUCGUU